AUGGAACCUUCAAAUAACUUUUUAUUGAAUGAUAAAGCCAAAGAUGUUUCAUCUCGUUUCUCAACAGCAACAAUAAUGUUAGCAGAAGCUGACAAAACCAAAGAUGUUUCAUCUCGUUUCUCAACAGCAACAAUAAUGUUAGCAGAAGCUGACAAAAGUCCUUCAUUUGAUGCUGCUAUUGCCAAUUGA